GUCCGGGAUCGACCACAUUUCCAUACAAAAUCAAAAACGUGUUGUAGCUUGAUCAGAAACAUGGAAACAGCAAUUUUAAACGCGUUGAUAUUCGAUUAUUUAAGUAAAAAGGACAAAGUUUUAGCGGAAACAGUGAAAACAAAGUUGAAAGCUAAUGCUGUUCCAAAAGGAUGCCCGAAAAUUGAAGAGAUAAUUGAAUAUUAUCAAAAGAAUGCACCUAAAAAAUUACCGAAAAAGCUUGCAGCCGAAUCUUCAGAAGAUUCAGAUUCUGAAGACUCAAGUGAAGAUGAAAAACCAGCACCGGUAAAGAAUGGAAAAGUGGCAAAUGGUAAAAAUGUAGCUAUAGCAAACGGAAACGGAAAGAAAAAGGAAUCCAGUGAUGAUUCUGAUGAUUCAAGUGAAGACGAAAAGCCAGCACCGAAAGCUACUCCUAAAGUUGUUCCUGCUAAAGCUACACCAGCAAAAUCGGCAGCAGUGGCAAAGAAAAAGGAAUCAAGCGAUGAAGACUCAAGUGAAGAUGAAAAGCCAGCACCGAAAGCUGCUCCUAAAGUUGUUCCUGCUAAAGCUAAACCAGCAAAAUCGGUACCAGCGGCAAAAAAGAAGGAUUCAAGCGAUGAAGAUUCUGAUGACUCGAGUGAAGAUGAAAAACCAGCUCCAAAAACUGUUGCAAAGGUUGUUCCUGCUAAAUCGGCUCCACCUGCAAAGAAGAAGGAAUCAAGCGAUGAAGAAUCGGAUGACUCAAGUGAAGAUGAAAAGCCAGCACUGAAAGCUGCCCUAAAAGCUGUUCCUGCUAAAGCUACGCCAGCAAAAUCGACACCAGUGGCAAAGAAAAAGGAAUCAAGCGAUGAAGACUCAGAUGAUUCAAGUGAAGACGAGAAAAAAGUUCAACCUAAAAAACCAGAAAUUAUAAAAAAACAAGUAGCAGCUAAAAAAGAGAGCAGUGACGAUGAUGAUGAUGAUGAUGAUGACGAUGAUGAACCAGCAACAAAAGCCGCAGCAGUUGUUAAAAAACCUGCAGUAGUUGCUAAAAAAGCUGAAUCAAGUUCAGAUGACUCAAGUGACGAAGAUGAGGAACCAGCAGUGAAACCAAUCGUUAAGAAAGCAGCUGUCGCAAGCGCCAAGAAGGAGUCAUCAAGUGACGAUAGUUCAGAAGAAGAAAAACCAGCACAGAAGGUUCAACCUAACGCUCAAAAGAAAGCAGUUGCUAAGAAGGAAGAAAGCGACAGUUCAGAAGAUGAGGACGAGGAGGAAGAAGAAGAAGAAACUCCAAUUCCUGUUUCAGCAACAAAAAAGCGAAAAGCUGAAGAAAACGCAGAAGAGGAAGAAGAAUACGAAGGUCCCGUGAUUAAAAAACCAGCCUACAAUAAUUUUGUAAAAGCUGGACAGAACAAGAUUCAAACGAUUUCAAAUUCAUCUUUCAAUGGCAACACGCCGAAAAAUCUUAAAAAUAAUUUUAACAAAAAAUCAUUAAACUCGGACGAAAAGCGAGGAAUUGAAAGAUUUCGUCGUGUUAAAGAGGAAGAUGUUGAAAUUGAUAAUCGCGUUGUAGACAAUUCUUUUGAAGCUAAGAAUGAAAAUCAUGGAAAUGAUAAGAGUGGAUUUGGUGGAAAGCCAAAGUUUGAAAGGAAUAGUGGAAAGUUUGGAGAAAGAAAAUCAUUUAAUGGCAAUGAGAAUAGACAAGACGAUUGGCCAUGUACAUUGUGUCAGAACAGUAACUUUGGUUGGAGGAAACAGUGUCAAAAAUGUAACGCUUACCCAGAUGGGACACCAGGAGAGAAAAAAGUUAUCGAAGUGCGCGAAGGGGAUUGGACAUGUCCAUCGUGUAACAACAGCAACUUUGCUUGGAGGACAGAAUGCAAACGUUGUAAUGCUGUUAAAGAAGGUGGUGCUGCAGGUGGCACACCCAAUCGUGGGGGAUUCAGAGGUGGACGAGGUGGAUUCAGAGGUGGUCGUGGAGGCAAUCGUGGAGGUGGUGGACGGGGAGGCAAUCGUGGUGGCUUCAACAAAUCUUUUGGAGGCUUUGAAAAUCGAGGCGGAGCUGCUGAAGCUGUUGCAUUAAUCAUCAUUGGCAUUGGUGCUGCAAUUUACUUCAUCGUUGACGAUGCCAUCGACAAGAAAAUUGAAGGCUGCAUGUAUAGACAUUUCUACGCAACCAAACUCUUAGAAGAGUUCAACGUCACACUUGACAGAGAUCCUUCAAAAAUCAAUUAUUCAGCUGAAGAAUGUCAAACAAUUAUUGAUCAGGGACGAAGGAAAACUUCUUUUAAGAUCGAUAAAAUGGAUUUUCCCGACUGUUUCAAGCAACAAUUGAAAGGGACAUAUCUCGACAGCAUGAUGCUUAAGGCAGUGUUAGAGAAAUAUGGACGCGACUAUAAAAUUGUGUUGCAAACAGUGAUGGCUAAAGUUCGAGCUGUGUGUACAGCACCUAAAUCACCAUCAGCAUAAUUAUGUUAAUUUGUAUCUAAUUGAUAAUCACCUCCAUUAAGCCAUUAAAAUAUGCAUUAGUUUUUAUUUUGCUACGUUCUCCAGUUGUUCACAUAAUUUGUACUCGGGUGACUCUAAAAUUAUGAACAAAUAUCUGUUAACAGAAAUAUUUUUUAAUUUAAUGACAAAGAUU